AUGAAUAUUUAAUAGCCAUAAGGCAAAUAAUAAUGGCCAGAAUGUGUUGGUAAGACAGCUGAAAAGCUAAGUAAAUGAUACUUGCUGAUAAUGGUAAUUUAAAAGUGUAAUUACUGCCUUAUAAUUCAAUGGUAACAAUGGAUUAUAGAAUGGAUAGAGUUAGAGUAUUACAUGAUGGAAAUGGAGUUGUUUAACAAAUUCCACAUGUAGGAUGA